AUAUGACUGUCAUUCCCACACACUCACCCAAUGUGUUACCUGGUUAGGGAAUGACUGUCUAUAUCGAGUGCGCUUUAAAUUAGCGCAGUCUUCCUGCACUUGAAGUCGAUGCGCGCCGCUGGGAACGACAACACUCAACAAAGUUCUUGGCUUCACUCACUCUUGUCCCGUCAGAGGAAGACACGAUGGGAUGCACUUCCAGCACUCAGACCACAGCUCAAGACACAACACGACCCAACACCAAACAUGAUGGGAACACAUCAGGGACAAGUAAUGAAAAUGGUGGUCCUGCAGCAGACUGUGAGACCAUUCCAGACCAAACCCAGGCCGAGGAGUCUCCACAGACAUCCAGUGCUGCUCCUGUUCACUCAGAGGAAAUACAGAGCUCUACAGCUGCAGUAGCUCACAGUGAACCAGAAGCAGCUGCUGCUGAGGCCAUCAUGUCUGAACCUGCUGAAUCCAACCCCUCCAUGACAGCUGAAAAUACUGAAGAACCAGCACCAGCACCAAGUGAAAACACAACUGAGGACCAGGCAGAUUCCUCUCCACCAGAGGAACCACCUGCCUCUGGUGAAGAUAGUUAAGUGUGCAACAAUUGACACAGUUACUACAGAAUCCAGAUUCAACCACAAUAAAAUAAGGAUUUCACAUGAAUGGUUUAAAAAUACAAUAGAACAUUAGUUUAUUUGUUAUUAUUGCUUGUUCGUUGCCAAGAAAUAGACCAACUGGUCUUCAAAGACUCUGUGCCUGUCUUUAUAUACAUAGACUAAGAACACAAAGUAAAUAAUAAUGGCUGACUUAAGUUAGAGAUUUCAAUUGUUAAUAUUUCAUACUAGUGCCUCUUCUUAGUGGCUUCACCCCAAGAUAAAGAUGUGAAAAAGCCAAAGAAAAUUAUGAAAAUAAAUGUGAUAUUUAUAUAAUUAUAAUGCAUUCCACUGAACUAUUACAGUGACCAGUAAAAUCCAUGCAUGUUAUACAGUUACUCUGACAAUGGAAAAAAAUAUUUUAAAAAUAGGUCUUUAUUUGUUUUAUUUAUUACAUGCAAAUUUAUUACAUGUUUUCCUAAAGAUUGAACUGAACUUUGCAAAUGGAGGAAAUGUAAUAUGUGGCGGGAUAAUGACAGAUUAGUAGGAGUUUAAAAAUAAAGUUUAACUUGAACUGUGUUUUGAAUGGUUGCUAUUAUAGAUUAAGUGUAUUUAAUGAUGAAAGAUCCACAGUAAAUUCACAAAGUAAUAGUUUAAUUUCAAUAUCAUGAUAAUAUUAGCAAGAAUGCAAAAGAAGAUAUUGCCCAUGGAAAGGAAUGCUUUAUUUGUGAUUUCUUUUGUAAUCUUGGAUGCAGUCUCUAUAAAACUAUAUUUACAAUUUGUGAUGCAUGCUGGGGUCAUAUAGUCAGGAGGCGUCUGUGAUGGGUCCCAACACAGCGAUGGCCUCAAUCUCAACAAGCCCCCCCUGUAAAACAAAGUGAAAUUAAAUUGAGGUAUGAAUACAAAUAAUAUAUUUUAUUGCAGUGUAUCUUAAUAGAUUAUAAUACUAUAAUCAACUAGAUUUGUACGUUUUCAGAAGAAAAUUUGACUGG